AUGUCGGCCCCUUUCCUUCGACAGUUACUUACACCGGCUCUUCGGAGGCCUGCUCUCCCUAGAUUUUCAGUGCCGAAACCAGUCUCGAAGCCCAUGAUUCCGAGGCGGACAUUCACGAGCACGACACCACGAUGCGCGACACUGAUGCAAGUUCUUAGGGGCUGCCGGAAAUCUCAACGAGCUCGCCACGCCGUCUCGCCCGCUCUCGCCAACGCCCGCGCCCCCUGCAUGAAGGGCGUCUGCAUCAAGGUCGGCAUCACCCGGCCCAAGAAGCCCAACUCAGGAGAGCGAAAGACUGCCCGUGUGCGUCUGUCCACUGGCCAAACAAUCACGGCGUACAUCCCCGGGGAGGGCCACAACAUCCAGCAGCACUCUGUCGUUUUCGUCCGCGGCGGAAGAAGUCAGGACUGUCCUGGUGUGCGGUAUCAUCUGAUCAGGGGUGCUGGUGACUUGUCUGGUGUCACGGGCCGUAGCUCAAGCAGGAGCAAAUAUGGCACUAAGAAGCCAAAGAAGGCGGUUACCUAA